AUGAAAAAGGCUCAUAAAUAUAAAAAGCAGAAUUUAGAAGUUUGCUGCCCUUAUAAUCCUAAUCACUUAAUGCCCUUCAGUCAAUUAUGGUUUCACUUAUCAUCUGGCUGUGAAGACAAAUAAAAAUAUGGUAAUAAUCCUUAUUAAAUUUAGGUCAUCUAUAUAAGAUAUGUCCUUAUAAUUCAUUGCAUAUCUUAUAAAAGGAGCACUAUGAAGAUCACAUAAAAAAUUGCCAAAAGAAAAUAGAUGUAGACGAUGAUCUAUUAAAACAGAUGAGUAGUGUAGCUUAGGUGUAAUUUGAUGAGGAAAAUUAAUUUCAGGAUUAAUUUAAAUCAAGAAAUUACAAUAAUAAAUACAAGAAAUAUUAUUGA